AUGAGCGUCGUAGUGGUGGCUGACGUUGCAUGCGAAGGCCUGCUUGAGGCGGUCACACGUGCCGUACAUGUGCUUCGGAGUGACGGCGCGAGUAUUAGUGUCCGCGGGGGCCACAAUGCUGUUCCGAACACUGCCCUUGUGACGAAAGACGGUGAGCCUCGUUUGAUAUUACUUAUUAUUACCUGCAGUGAUUUUCAACUUCUGCUACGCCACAACUGUGCCGGCGAAUACUUUGAGACGAUGCAUCACGCCACCGGUUGCCCUAUUUACGUGGUAAUGCAUGGCCAGCUAACCGGCUCUAGGCAGUCGCGAUUUUGGGAAGGGCUCGCGCAGAUGUGCGCUAACGACUCCUUUACAUCGUUUCUCAUCGGCGUGGACUUUGCCCCGUCAUUGGAGCGUGCAGCCGAGAUUAUUGCCGCGCACGGAUUCAAGACGAGCAAACAGCAGAUGGAGAGUGACCCACUUGUUCGCACAGAGAGCAGACGGAAGUGUGAUCCCACGGACUUUCACGCCCUUUACCUUGAUAUGCUCCUCGAGAUAUCAUCUGUUUCUGAACGUCGUGCUGCUGUCAUUGCAGGUGUCUUUCCGUCGCUUUUUCGUCUUUUAGAAUACAUCGGCUCAGGUGCGCGUGGUAGACUGCGUGUGGAGGAGUACGGCGAGGAGAGGAGCUCCAGUGCAUUGGAUUCCUACAUGGUCGAGGUGCUCUCAACAGACUACAACACUGCCGAGGCGCAAGCCAUCAUGGAACGGCUAAAUGAGAAUAACGAUAGACUUUUCACGUAG